CCUCCUCCUCGCCGCCCCCAGCCCGCCCCAUUGUUCCUUCCCCGCCGCCCUGCCAGCGCGGCCGCUGGGGCCGUUUGAAUCGGCGCGGGGCGCCAGUGGCCCGCAGGGAGGAGGAGGAGGAGGAGGAGGAGGAGGAGGAGGAGGAGGAGGAGGAAGAUCCCAGGAUGCGAUGGGGAACUGCUGGGCGCGGUGGUGCUGCGGGCUGCUCCUGCGGAGGGAAGCGGGCCGGCUCCAGCGAGGCGGAGGAUCAAAGUAUUUCAGAACAUGUGCAACAGGAGAACACUUCACUAUAGAGUUCGAGAACCUCGUGGAAAGUGAUGAGGGGGAAAGUCCAGGAAGCAGUCACAGACCGUUGACUGAUGAAGAAAUUGCUGACUUGAAAGAGAGGCAUUAUGACUCCAUUGCUGAAAAGCAAAGAGCUGUUGAUAUGAAACUUCAGUCAGAGUUAGCCUUACAAGAGGAGAAGUUAAGAAUAGAAGAAGAGGCUUUAUAUGCUGCACAACGUGAAGCAGCCAGGGCAGCAAAGCAGAAAAAGCUCUUGGAGCAACGUAGACAGCAAAGGAUAACACAGAGAGCACAUGCUGUUAAUAAUGGAGACUAUCAAAGCUCUGUGGCAGAAGAAGAUUUUGAUUCUUUCUUAAGAAAUUCAAAAUUCCAGUAUGAAGCUUUUCGAAGUAGCAGACUUUCAUCUGAUGCUACUGUGCUGACGCCAAACACAGAGAGCAGUUGUGACCUAAUGACCAAAACAAAAUCGAUGAGUGGAAAUGAUGACAGCACUUCAUUAGAUUUAGAGUGGGAAGAUGAAGAAGGCAUGAACAGAAUGAUUCCAGUGAGAGAACGCUCAAAAACAGAAGAAGAUAUACUCCGGGCAGCACUAAAAUUUAAUAGCAAGAAGACUGGAAGUAAUCCAGCUUCAGCCUCGGAUGAUUCGAAUGGACUGGAGUGGGAGAAUGAUUUUGUUAGUGCUGAAAUGGAUGAUAAUGGCAAUUCAGAAUAUGCUGGAUUUGUAAAUCCUGUAUUAGAUUUGUCUGCAUCAGAUAUAAGGAUAUCUGAUUCCGAUCAGCAGGACAGAUAGUGAAACUGUGGCCCUCAUUUAUGACCAAAUGUUUAAAAGUGAGAUAGAAUGUACAAAAACAUAUUGCUCUUUUAUAAAACUGUUCCCUUCUCUUUCUUAUAAAUGGAUCAGCAAGGAAUGGGAAUGACUUGCUAUCUGAAUUAAUUCAGAAUUAAGUGCAAUUUUAUCAUCUACCUUCUAAACUUUUGUGAAAACUGGGAUGAUUCCAUUGUGUAUAUUUCAGGAUAUCUGGAUUUAAUAUAAAAUUAUCUGCACUAAUUUAAGCUUCAUAGCUUGACAUAUCUAUAUUUUAACUAGCCUUUUUUUCUGGAUGAUGUUUCUACUGAUUUGUUUUUAAAAUUCAUCAUUGGCCUAACAUUUAUCUGUGAAAUAGUCUUAUAUAAUUUAUCUAAUACUUGAAUAUAGAGAUAAUUUUUAAAAUAUCUUUUUUCCAAUAUGUGCUCUUUGACUUGUUCUUCAGCUAUUUAGAGGGUGUAAUUAGCCAGCUGUAAAAACAAGUUUCUCACAUGGUAAAUUGCAGUUUUCUGUCUUAUUCUCUCUAGUCUUGUGUUGUCGUCUUUCCAUUUCUUUUAUUUUUUUUAUUAUUUCAUGCUAAGCACAGUGAACCUCAACAAACAUAGUAUAAAUCGUUAGGUUAGGUAAGCUAUUGUCUUGUAUAAUAUGCCAGGCAUAGUCAGUGUGUGCCUAGAUAGAGGGAAAAAAAAAAACACAUCAAAAUCCUGUGUUUUAAAUCAGAAAUUUUAACCAUCAUCUAAUGGAGAACUGUGAGGACCAAAGCUUUGAUUUCCCACCCACCCCUCUCCCCAGCAGAUUAGCAUGUUACUACAUGUUUUUAAAAAUUCUUUACGUUGUGGACAACUUGUAAUUCAGCUUGAUAAGAAGAGCUGUUGAAAUGCAAUGUUCUCGGAGCAAACUGGGAGUCUGAACUUCUAUACUGCAUUUAAAAAAAUACGCGUAUUCCUUCAAGUUACAAAAUGGUAUAUUUAAGUGAUCUAGAUCUCCUGUGCCUCAAAACUGGAUGCUUAAUACUGACAACGUGAGGAUGAAAUUUAAGCAGGUGUUCAGUUACUGCAGAUCUGGUGUAAUGUGCUCUUCCCCUUGUAUUUAUGUAAGUUAUACUUAAAAAAAAAAAAAAGUUCACUGAAGAGAAUGUGCAAAACAGUUGUAAAACUCAAGCUUUCCCCAAGGUUUCAGUAUAGCCGUACUCUACUACUGUUACUUUGUGUAGCUUUCUUGUUUUUUCCCUGAAAAAAAGGCGAUGGGGGUGUUUUUUCCUUGUUGUGGAAUAAAAGCAGAAUACUGUAAGUAGUAACAGCUGCAUCAUUAGAAGAACUGAAUUUGUUGGUAGGAGUUGUGUAAUGGUUUUAGAUUAUCUGAGAUCUUAUCUAAUGUUAGAGUUGCUACAACGUGGUCCUCUUCCUGAUAACUUAAAAUACUACACACUUGGGUUAAAUAUGUAUAUAUCAACACUAACGAACAGAUAAAUCAUUUGUUGAUAACAUUCCAUUUCUUAAUUUAAACUGUAGCUAUGUCAUUGAAAAUAUUUUAAUGUAAUUAUCUACAUUUGCAAUGCCUGUAAUAUGCUUUAAAAAUUUGUACACAUCAAAUGUAUAUUUUUGGUUUGGCAUAUGCUACUACCGUGUAACUUCUGAUGUUUACUCAUAAUAUAUUCCUACUGAAAUGAAGGCAACACUCUUGAUGUGCAAAUAACACACUUUUUUUAUCCUGCUGAAACUGUACCGUAUCCUGCAGUGAUCACUAAUUUCCCUGAUCAAUGAACAUGAGAUUGACCUGUCCUGACCAUGCUUCAAGGAAGUACACUAUAGCUGACAGUCUUGCUUGUAGAAUGAGCAAGCAUUUGGGGGUGGGGGGGGGAACAGCUGUAAUUCCAACCAAAGGUCUAUUCUGUGCAUGUUCUGUAGCCAUGGUUAAUAGCAUUCUGCUCUUCAGAGUUAGGUGAAUCCCACUGAGUGAUUUAAGAAAUUGUCAAUAUUUGUGGAAAUUUAAGAAAUUGAAAAUGAUGUAAACAGCUUACGUGAGACAACACAACAGUACUGUAAAAUACAUAUCUCUGUACAAACUUAAAACUAAUUAAACUUUUCAAUCAGUCUUA